GCCUUAGUUUACCGCAGACGUGUGCACUACACACAAAACCCGCCAACGUCUCAGAAUAUGAAAGUGUACACAGGACCCCCACGAGCGAGUCCGCUACUUCGCCACGGCCGACGUGCAGACGUAGUCCGCCGCGAAGGCCGCGAGCGCGGGCUGGCCCACGCGCGCGGCGAAGUCGCCGAAGGCCUCGCUCUCGUCGAGGCGCUCGUCGCGCCACAUGGCGAAGAGCGGCUCGAGGGAGUGCUCGAUCGUCUUGGUCUUGCAGCGCUCCUUGUACUCGAAGCCGACGCGCGUCAGCACGGGGCUGCCGCCGACGUAGAGCUGGUACGAGGCCUUGCCGUCGCCCACGAAGCCGAGCUCGGCCAUGUAGGGCCGCCCGCAGCCGUUCGGGCAGCCCGUCAUGCGCAUCAUGACCUCCUCGUCGAGGAGGCCGAGGUGGUCCAUGACGGCGCGGACGCGCGUGAUCAUCGUGGGCAUGAGCCGCUCCGCCUCGGUCACGGCGAGGCCGCAGAGCGGCAGCGCGGGGCAGGCCAUGGACAGCCGCGUCAGCGGGUCGACGGCCUCGAUCGGCAGGAUGCGGUGCUCGGCCAUGAGCCGCUCCACCGUGGCGCGGUGGUCCGGCGCGACGUUCGUCACGACGAUGGACUGCGUCGGGCUCAGGAUGAAGUCGGCGCCGACCUCGGUCACGCAGGCCCGCAGGAAGGACCGCCACUGCGGCCCGCCGUCAGCGUAGUCGCGCACGCGGCCCUGCUCGCAGUUGAUGCCCACGAACAGCGUGCCGUCGCCGGCCGCGUGCCAGCCCAUCCAGUCGCUGUAGCGCCACUCCUUGAGCUCGGCGACGGGCGCGAUGGGUCUGCCGAGGUAGCUCUCGACGAGCGCGCGGAACGCGUCCUGGCCGAGCGUGUGCACGAGGUACUUGAGGCGCGCGUUCGCGCGCACCUCGCGGUUGCCGUGGUCGCGCUGGGCGGCCACGACGGCCUUGAGCGCGGGCACGAGCUCCUCGUCCGUGAAGAAGCCGAGCGGCGACGCCGCGCGCGCGAACGUCGUCUCCUUGCCGUGCGUCCGGCCGAGGCCGCCGCCGACGUAGACGUUCGCGCCGGAGAGGUCCUCCUUGACGACGACGCCGAUGUCGUUGAUGAAGACGUCGAUGGAGUUGUCGCCCUCGACCGUCACGCCGAUCUUGAACUUGCGCGGCAGGUAGAUGUCCCCGUAGAUGGGCUCCACCGGGUGGUCGAGCACGACGCCGCGCCCGUCCGGCGCGCGCAUCCACUCCUGCAUCUUCGCGUCGACGCGCAGCUCGUCCGCCUUCGCGAAGUUCUCGACCGUCGGCGUGCCGCCGCCCGUCACCGCGUCGACGAGGUGCCGCUUCCAGUACUGCACCGACGCGAGCUUGUCGCCGUCGCACCAGAUCUCGCUGAAGGCCUCCGUCUGCGGCACGAAGAGCUCCGCGCAGAUCGCCGCGACGGCGCCCGCGCGGCGGUAGGCCGGCGGCGCGCCCUCGACCAUGGGCACGGGCGGCGCCAUGACGUUCCGGUUGAUGUCGCCGCAGCCGCCGAUCGUCGUCGAGCCCGCGUCCAUGAUCGUGCGGAUCACGUGCUUCAGGUUCGCCUUGGAGAUGCCGUGGAUCUGGAAGGCCUGGCGCGUCGUCAUGCGCAGGUCCCGCUGGCCGAAGCGCUCGCAGAGGUCGUCGAGCACGAGGUAGAGCGGGCCGGGGCACUCGCCCGAGGGCACCUUGAGGCGGAGCAUGAACUGCCAGGCCUUCUCGGCGCCCUUCUUGCGCUUCUCGCGGUCGUCCUGCUGGUAGCUCCCGUGGAACUUGAGCAGGUUGUACGAGUCGUGGCUGAUCGAGAUCGUCUCCAUGUCGGCCAGGUCCUCGACCAGCGGGUGCCGCAGGUAGUCGCUCUCGAGCUUCAUCUGGUUCACGCCGUCGAGGCCCUGGACGCGCAGCCCCGGGAGGCCCACGAAGCCCGUCUUGUCGCUCACGUCGGGCCGCGCCCUCUCGAGGACCAUGGUCAGGGGCCGCGGGCCGCGCCGCGGGCGCGCUGCGGGCGCGCGGUAGCCCGCGGCGCCCGCGUAGAAGAGGGCCACGAGGAACGCGCGCAUCGUCGUGGUGGUUACACGCCGGGCACACGCUGGCGGCGCGCGAAGGUUCGCGCGGGCUCUUCGCCCGCCCGCUGGGACGGAGGUGGUUCCGUGAGCACUGCGGCUCUUUUAGGUCGUGUGCAGCGCGCCUCGGGCGGAAGCAAGCGCCUCGCCGCCGGGCGCCGCCACUGC